CUCCCCCCUUCCUCCCCCAAGAAGAAAAAAACAAACAGAACAGAACAAGAACAAAAGUAAAAUCAUCUCACAUUUCAAUACAUGAACCACACCAACCACCAACCACCAACCAACCAUUCACUACCCUAUCCAUCCAUCCAUCCAUCCAUCAACUCACCCCUUGCAUCCCACAGCAGCAGCAGCAGCAGCAGCCCCCAAACAACCCGAGGUUUCGGGACCGGACCCCAUUCCCUCCAAUAAACGACAUGGGUACUCCAACAACGGCCCGUUUCCGAGACGUAUGUAGGGAUUUUGGGGGGCGUUUAUAUUUUC